CUUAACAUCGUUUGAACACCAUACGGAAUUGUCGCUGAAUUGGUUAUUUGAAUAUUCUAUGUUAAGGAGCCAACUUUCCUUUUUCUAGUCGAUGUUUAUUAAGUCCAUGCUCAGCAAUAACUGAUUUUUGUCUAAAAGUAGAGUAGUAGACUCUAGUUUUCCCAAACUUCCUAGGUUUCAGCCCAAACCUCCUGAAUCAAGGUUUCCAGGAGGGAGGCCUGGUUAUCCGAAUCUUGAACAAGUGCCCCAGGUGGUUCUUAUCCAGCAAAUUUGGGACACGGUGGACCAGGUGUUGCUCUUCAGAGUGGUUGGUGGCCAGGCCUUAUCCGCCUCAUCUGCGAGGGAGCGGUCAAGACGGGCAGCGUUUCUGGCCCCAGCUGAGGCCUGUCGCCUCGGAAUGUGCGUUUUAACGAGGUCCCCGGAUGGGGACCCCCAGCUCUAGAGGCCCAGGGAGCCCCCUGGUGGCAGAGCAGGCAUUCAGUGUCAUCGGCCUGUGUUACUCAGCAGAGCUCCUGACCUGCUCCUUCCCAGACUGUUGGGUGACCUCCUCUUGGAGACCCAGCACAGGCCACUGUCUGGAUUUCGGACUGAGCCUGGUGGACUGGUAGAUCCACGUCACGUCUGAAAACUAAUUCGAUGUGAGCCAUCUGUGGUUGGCUCACUUAUUUGGCAUUUGUUUCUAAGGUUUUCAGAAAGGGAUAUGAGGCGCCUGUCCUAAGCUCCAGAGAGCUGCCUUCCACGGAGCCCAGCAGAGGAGCAGACGAACAUGAAGUCCAAUCCUGCCAUCCAGGCUGCCAUUGACCUCACGGCAGGGGCCGCAGGGAUAUGAGGCGCCUGUCCUAAGCUCCAGAGAGCUGCCUUCCACGGAGCCCAGCAGAGGAGCAGACGAACAUGAAGUCCAAUCCUGCCAUCCAGGCUGCCAUUGACCUCACGGCAGGGGCCGCAGGGGGCACAGCCUGCGUCCUGACUGGGCAGCCCUUCGACACCAUGAAAGUGAAGAUGCAGACGUUCCCUGGCCUGUACAGGGGCCUGACCGACUGCUGCCUGAAGACCUACUCCCAGGUGGGCUUCCGGGGCUUCUACAGGGGGACCAGCCCGGCGCUGAUCGCCAACGUCGCCGAGAACUCGGUCCUCUUCAUGUGCUACGGCUUCUGCCAGCAGGUGGUGCGGAAAGUGGUUGGAUUGGACAAGCAGGCAAGGCUGAGUACAGUGUGGUCUGUUGUGAAGAGCAUCCUUAGAAAGGAUGGCCCCUUGGGCUUCUACCAUGGACUCUCGAGCACUUUACUUCGAGAAGUCCCCGGCUAUUUCUUCGUCUUCGGCGGCUAUGAACUGAGCCGAUCGUUUUUUGCAUCCGGGAGAUCAAAAGAUGACCUAGGCCCUGUCUCUUUGAUGGUAAGUGGCGGCAUUGGUGGCAUCUGCCUCUGGCUUGCUGUAUACCCAGUGGAUUGUGUAAAAUCCAGAAUUCAAGUUCUUUCCAUGUCUGGGAAACAGGCAGGAUUUCUCAGAACCUUUAUAAGUGUUGUGAGAAGUGAAGGAAUAACAGCCUUAUAUUCUGGCCUGAAACCUACCAUAAUCCGAGCGUUCCCUGCCAGUGGGGCACUGUUUUUGGCCUACGAACACAGCAGGAGGUUAAUGAUGAGCCAGUUGGAAGCUCACUGAAGUGUUCUGGUGAACCUGGAUCUGAGUGCAGGCAUUUGAGGACUACGUUCAUCUCAGGGUUUCCUGAAGCACAGGACCAGUGUGGAAAUACUUUGAUUUUGUGGGAAUUUUGUUUUGUCUUCCCUUCUUCUGCUUUAAAUCCUAAGCUUUAUGGAAGGAGCCCUAUUUUACAUCAUACGUUUCUGCUCAUAAUGGUACUGAAAUAGGAAAGUUACUGCUCUUCUCCUUGGUGGGACACGGGGUGAGCUGCUGGCCCUCUGUGCCUAAUCUGAAAGGCUGGAUAUAGUUGUACGAGGGCUUUUGCACGACCGUGUGUGUGUACACGCAGCCUGGACGGUUAUGAGUUGUGAGUGAAGCACAACUUGGUUCCCUGUUUAACCUCAAAUCUCACCAGAAAAACCCAGAGGUGUAACUGUGUUUCACAAAGAUGGUUAUAAGUGAUGGCUUAACCCACUCUC